GAGAGGCUUUGGAUGUUGUUAAAGUUCAAGAUGAUUGGACCAUGAUGAGCGAUGAUACAAAUUUCAAAUUUGAGUUUAAUCAGAUACAACAGCAGGUGCUCACGACUGGUAAUACUGUGACUAUUGAUAAUAUUGAUAAUUAUUGUCGUGUAACUGGAAAACAUCUCAGAGAAGAUAAAAUAGAAACAACGGUUGAUGUAACUCCACUGAAGCAGGUGGAAAAGCUUCCUUGUGAAUUUGAAAUUCUUCAAACAAAGAGACUAAGAAAUGUUCCCCCUAUGAACCUCGAUAAAUUCCAAGAAACUAAUACCGAAAAAGCAGGAGAGGUAAAUAGUUUGGAUUAUUUGAUACAAUUUCUACAUCAGACCACAGAAAGGCAAAAAUAUUUGAUGUCUCGUUUGACGAGUACGUUGGCUCAGGCGUGA